AUGGGGGGUGAAAACUGUUCGGUGUUGCACAAUUACGGAUUUUCACUGGCCACUGUGUUGGGGCGAUUGGGGAAAGAAAAGAAAAAGUGUUCUAUUUUCGAAUUCGCGGUGGGCGCGGUGGCCGUGCAGUCUGCACGGCGCUGUGUCGGUGACUGGGCGUCGGUGAGCGCCGUCGCCGGCCGCCGAGCGCUCGGCACGUUCCCGCCACUCGGCGCCGCGGCCGUGAUUCCGAGUGCGUCUGCCCCGCGUCUAGGGCUAACGCGUCCCGGUGAAAACAAACAACGCAGCGGAUACGCCGGUGGGAAAAUGGUUGCCGAGUUCGAACUUCGAAUGUACUCGGGUCAUGAAUAUUCAAUAUUAAUACUCUCG